GAUAUUUCACUGGUUCAUUAAAAAAGAGUCCACUGAUCGUUUAAAAACAGUGCUUCGAUAUAUUAUUUGCAGCGCUACCAAACGGUAGUGUUUAGCGUAAGGACACGUUUGAAUAGAAAAUAACGGGCUGCUUUGCUUUUGUUCACUCAUCCACACAAGUUUCCUAUAUCCAGUUCCUAGAAUGGAGAACUGGUCUGUUUUGACAGUUACCAAUGAAUAAUUAGAAUUUAUAAAGCUUUCUAUAUAGCAAAAUCAUGUCUCUUCUUAAGUCCUUGGCGUUCAGUCCCGGUGAAGCUACAAUAUCCAUGUUUCACUCAUCUUCUUCUGGGGUUUUAUCACGAACAACUUCUUCAUCUCUAAGGAAUGCUAGCUUAUUCUACUACAAAGGAAGCUCUUCGAUUUUCUUGAAUACAAGGCGUUAUUGUACAUAUUCCAGUGACCAAUUUGGUACUUCAAAGCGAAGAUCUCGAGGUCCUGUUAUGGCUGCCAAGAAAGCAUCUGAGGGGGAAAAACAAGAAGGAAAAUACAAGCAUACAGUUGAUUUGCCUAAGACAACAUUUAGCAUGAGAGCAAAUGCUACGACGAGGGAGCCUGAGAUUCAAAAAUUAUGGGAGGAUAAUCAGGUUUUCAAGAGAGUUGUCGACAAAAAUGAUGGGGGAAAUUUUGUUCUUCAUGAUGGUCCUCCUUAUGCCAAUGGUGACCUACACAUUGGUCAUGCCCUGAAUAAAAUCUUGAAGGAUAUAAUUAACCGUUAUAAGAUUCUUCAAAACCAUAAGGUUCGCUUUAUUCCUGGUUGGGAUUGUCAUGGCCUACCAAUUGAGAACAAAGUUCUGCAAUCAUUGGAUCAAAAUGCCAGAAAGGAUCUGAGCCCAUUAAAAUUAAGAGCAAAGGCUGCCAAGUUUGCCAAGGCGACUGUUAAAACACAGAUGGGAUCAUUUAAGCGCUAUGGAGUGUGGGCAGAAUGGCCUGAAUCUUAUCUAACAUUAGAUCCAGAAUAUGAAGCUGCCCAGAUUGAAGUGUUUGGCCAAAUGGCACUUAAAGGAUACAUUUAUAGGGGCCGGAAACCGGUUCAUUGGAGUCCUAAAUCCCGUACAGCUCUUGCAGAGGCUGAGUUGGAGUAUCCUGAAGGGCAUGUUUCAAGAAGCAUAUAUGCCAUAUUUCGGUUAGUGAGUGCUCCUCCAACCUCAAACCGGUUGUUAGAGGAAUUCUUUCCAGAUUUGUGCUUGGCCACAUGGACCACAACUCCCUGGACUGUUCCAGCCAAUGCUGCCGUUGCAGUCAAUGCCAAGCUUCAGUAUGCUGUAAUUGAAGUUCAGUCCCUGGAAGAUGCUCUUACAUCUUCUGCAAACAAAAAACGACGGCGUGGUAAUGUUCUGCGGCAGCAAAAGAAGCCUUUUCUUAUUGUAGCAUCUGAUCUUGUGUCAACUCUAGAAGCAAAAUGGGGUGUGAAGCUUGUGAUCAGAAAAACCCUUUCAGGGUCAGAUCUUGAAAACUGCAGAUAUGUUCAUCCAAUAGAUAACAGGGAAUGCCCGGUUGUCAUUGGAGGAGAUUAUAUCACAACAGAAUCAGGAACUGGACUGGUGCAUACAGCUCCUGGUCAUGGUCAGGAGGAUUAUAUAACUGGCAUGAAAUAUGGGUUGCCUGUAUUUUCCCCUGUUGAUGAUGAUGGAAAAUUCACUGAAGAAGCUGUACAAUUUAGCGGGCUUGAUGUACUCGGGGAUGGCAAUGUCUCUGUAGUGAAUUUUCUGGAUGAAAAAAUGUCCCUUAUCAUGGAGGAGCCAUAUGAACAUAAGUAUCCAUAUGACUGGAGAGAAAAAACACCUACAAUAUUUAGAGCCACAGAGCAAUGGUUUGCAUCUGUAGAAGGUUUUCGCCAGGCUGCUAUGGAUGCAAUUGGCCAUGUAAAAUGGGUUCCGCCUCAGGGAGAAAACAGAAUUUCCGCAAUGAUUUCAACUCGCACUGACUGGUGCAUAUCAAGGCAAAGGACGUGGGGCGUGCCCAUUCCCGUCUUUUAUCACGUGGAAUCAAAGGAACCGCUUAUGAAUGAAGAGACUAUUGAUCAUAUCAAGUCUAUAAUAGCUCAGAAGGGUACCGACGCAUGGUGGUAUAUGACAGUGAAUGACCUACUCCCUGAAAAGUAUCGUGAUAGGGCAUCAGACUAUGAAAAAGGGACAGAUACAAUGGAUGUAUGGUUUGAUUCAGGUUCUUCAUGGGCUGCUGUGUUGGAAAAAAGGACUGGUCUUAGUUAUCCUGCAGAUCUGUAUCUUGAAGGUUCGGAUCAACAUCGCGGAUGGUUUCAGAGCUCUUUACUGACAAGUAUCGCUGCAAAAGGAAAGGCUCCAUAUUCUGGUGUUGUGACCCAUGGAUUUGUAUUGGAUGAGAAAGGUUUUAAGAUGAGCAAAUCUUUGGGUAAUGUUGUAGAUCCACAAACAGUAAUUGAAGGGGGGAAAAAUGCAGGGGGAGCACCAGGCUAUGGAGCUGAUGUGCUACGACUCUGGGUUUCUAGUGUAGACUACACAGGUGACGUUAUGGUUGGUCCUCAAAUUCUUCGACAAAUAUCUGAAAUAUAUAGGAAGUUGCGAGGAACACUGAGAUAUCUUUUGGGAAAUCUACAUGAUUGGAAAGCUGACACUGAAGUUGCAUAUGAUGAUCUCCCAAUGAUUGAUAAGUAUGCACUGUUUCAGCUGGAAACUGUUGUAAAGAACAUAAGAGACAGUUACGAAAACUAUCAAUUUCCCAAAAUAUUCCAGAUCAUACAACGGUUUGUUAUUGUUGACCUAUCAAAUUUCUAUUUUGACGUUGCCAAAGAUCGUCUCUACGUUGGAGGCAAUACAAGUUUUACAAGGAGAAGUUGUCAGACAGUUCUUGCUGCACAUCUCCUUUCCAUUGCAAGGGUUCUUGCUCCAAUAUUGCCUCAUUUGGCUGAGGAUGUAUGGCAGAAUCUUCCUUUUCCAUAUCUGCUUCAAGAUGGUUCUAUUGCAAAGUUUGUUUUUGAAUCGAAGUGGCCUGCCUUGAAUGAGAAAUGGCUUGCCUUUUCUGUUGAAGAAAUUGAGUUGUGGGAAAAAAUUCUCGAGCUGAGAACUGAGGUGAAUAAGGUUCUGGAAGCUGCUCGUAUAGGGAAACUAAUUGGUUCUAGUUUAGAAGCAAAAGUUUAUUUGCACACCUCCGAUGCCAGUUUCACUUCAAGAUUACGUGAAAUGUGUGCAGCCAGCAAUGAUGCAGAUGCACUAAAUCGCAUAUUUAUCACAUCUCAGGCAGAGGUUCUUGCAACUUUUGACAAGAAGCUUGUUGAAACUAUACCAUACACCGGGGAGUUUCUUGUUCAGGGAAGCAAUAAAAUUUGGAUCGGUGUGACACGUGCAGAGGGCUUGAAAUGUGAGAGAUGCUGGAAUUACACACCUCAAGUUGGUUCUUUCAUGGAUCACCCAACACUGUGUAGCCGCUGUUAUAAAGUAGUUGCUGUUCAGCCAGAACCUGCAGUAGCAGCAAUUGGGUGAGAAAUUAAAUUGAGGCUGAACUAUACAAAUCCAACCACCGGUGAAUCAAAACAUGUGGCCAUUACUGGUAUCUCUACUUGAUUGAGCUAGCUGGUAUAUUUUUUCCAAUGUUUUACAGAACACUUGAAGUCACAAUUUUGGCUGUCAAGCACAAAAGUUGAUUAUAGAUUUCAUUUUAAGGGGCAAGAGGAAGUACAUGUCAAGCACAAAAGUUGAUUAUAGAAAUUUUGAUAAGGUUGGGACAGACUCUCACUUGGAAUCUUUGAACUUUAUUUAUUUAUUUGUCUAAAAGAUGGACCGAACAAGCAUGUCAGUGCCAGAGAUAUUCAGGAUUUAAUUUUGAGAUAUCAGCCAAUCAAUCAUAUUCUGUGGCCCCACCGUGGACAGCCGGUGAAACUACUAAGCUGGAGUACGGUAGCGACAGGUCAUAGGGAAUUUCUUCUGGACUCCAAAGGAGCCCAUGCUUAUCACAAACAACAAUCAAGUACUGGCUAUUCGUAACUAUGCUGAAUUUGACACCUUUAUAUAAUAGUUGAUCCAGCAUUUUAGUUCAAUUAGUUGAUUAUUUCAGCUAUUCCAUUA